AAGGACAUCACAGACCCAGACAGCAACGUAAUGGUUAACAUCCAGGGGAGUUCCCUUGGCUGGAAAGUUGUGCUUUAUGCGCAGCACCUGUUGUGCCGUCAGUUGCCAGUCUCCAAAAACCCAACCCCGUCCGCGCAGCGAUAUUUUAUCUCAGUCUACAAGUUAUGACUCUUGGCUGCGCCAGACAACAGAUCUCGUCUCGGAGUUGCGGAUAGUUUUCUCUGCUCGGACCGUAUCAGGUUGCUGGACUCCGUCGCAGUCUCUCUCUGUGUGAGAGCUUUGGGUCUAAUGCGUAAAGAUCUGACGGGAUUUAUAUGACGAAGUGUGGAACGCACCAUGAGCGCGCAAUUGAGCCGAAAUGCAUCUGUGUAUUUUUGAUCGCCCUGUGCCAUAGAUGAUACGCGUGCAUAAAGGCGAUUUUCAAACCAUGUUGCUGGGAUUUUAAUUGCUUAAACUUUCUUCAGCACAAAUAUUCGACUUUCCUCAGAGCCAACAGGUGCGCACCAGCACUGCGCAGCAGAAACAAGUUUGAACGCCCCGGAGAAGAUUCUCAUUCAUCAGUUAUAUGUUUUCUCGUGUUAUGAGGAAGAACUUAUGAUUAAGAUUAUGUGGAUUUUACUCAUUGCUUGUACUCUCCAGAUGUGUCCAAAACUACACUUGUGUCCCGCAUGUUUGUGGUGAUCCAGACCAGAGUCCAGCUUUGUGAUCGCCAACUACCACUCAUCCAAAUGAUCCUUUUAUUAAUAUUCCUUCUUGCAUCGCUUCUCCAACAAUAUGGCACCGAAGCCGAAUCCAGUGAUGUCAGCAAAUUACAACUUUCAAGUAUAAAGGAGCCAAACGGAGUUCAGGAGUCCGUUCAGGAAAAAGUCUUAACUGUGUCUGGAGAGGGAAUGAUCCACAGCCCAGACUUCCCACACACGUAUCCCAGGGAUACCAUGCUGGUCUGGAGGCUGGUGGCGGCCGACAACAGGAGGAUCCAGCUCACAUUUGAUGAGAACUUUGGUCUGGAGGAUCCUGAAGAUGGAAUAUGCAAGUAUGACUUUGUGGAAAUAGAGGAUCCCACUGAGAAGACAAUCCUGGGUCGUUGGUGUGGGUCACAAUCUGUACCAACAAGUCAAAAAUCCACAGGCAGCCAAGUUAUUGUUCGCUUCACAUCAGAUGAAUACUUUCCCUCUGAGCCGGGAUUCUGCCUCCACUACUCUCUACUUCCUGUGAGUGCAUCGGAGCCAGAGGCUACCACGCAGCCCCCUCCGUCCCUGCAGGGUGUUGAGGAGCUGCUGGAGGCGGUGGCGGUGCUCAGCACAGUGGAGGACGUCAUGAAGUAUCUGGAACCGGAGCGAUGGCAGCUGGAUAUGGAGGAGCUGUACAAACCCACGUGGCACGUGUUGGGGAAGUCGUUCAUCCUCAACAGGAAGGCCAGAGGAGCUGAUCUCAAUCUGCAGAGGGAGGAAGUUCGGCUGUACAGCUGCACGCCACGUAACUACUCAGUGUCUUUGCGAGAGGAGCUGAAAAGGACAGAUGUCAUUUUUUGGCCCAGCUGCCUCCUUGUAAAGCGAUGCGGUGGAAACUGUGCCUGCUGCUCUCAUCGCUGUGCUGACUGCCAGUGCGUGCCAACAAGGGCCACAAAGAAAUACCAUGAGGUUCUUCUGUUGAGACAUCGGGGCGGAGGGAGAAGCCUGCAGAAGUCCAUGACGGAUGUGGCCUUGGAGCACCAUGAAGAGUGUUCCUGUGUCUGUAAAGACGACCAGGACUGACCUCAGAUCUGCCAACAGCAGCACCACAACAUCAGGCGUGAACUCUGCAGCCGUUCUGAAUCUCAUCCACUUCCGUUGGGAAGCUAACAAGAUUCUUCUUUCAUACUCUUUCACUAAUUGGAUGAAGCAGAACAGACUGGAAUCUAAUAAAUCGUCGGUAUGGAUGUGAACAUUGGGGAAUACAAAUAGUGUGUUCUGAGUGUAUUUUAGAGGAAAGGAAAAUCACUGGAGCAAAUGUGGACUAUUACCAAACAGCUCCAGAGAUGGAGAUAACUCAGAGAUGCUGUCUACUCAUCCGGAAAAAGAUUUCAUUCAUUGUGGAUUGUUACAUUUAAGGGAGCGUCUUCUUUAAGUGCCUCUGUAAGUGAGCUGCCUCCAGCUGCUUAACUCCCACACUUUCAUGUUUUCCACCAUCGAGCCAAAGAGAAGCGCUUUGUGUCUGGCUAUUUUCCUUUACCAUCUUUGAGCUUCGCUACAGAUUUGUCAGUGGAAAAAUGCAGUGGCAUGCAAUCACAUUAUGUGUAAAUAUUUUGUUUUGUUUUGUUUUUUAUACCAAAGAUUUUCAAGGAGGGAUUGUUGUGGAUUUCCAACCAGUUGGACAUUGUCUAGAAACGUCUCUGUGAUCCAUAUCAGCGAUAUCAACUCUGCUUGCUUGAGGAAUAUGUUGCAUUUUGUUGUUUUUGCAGAAUGAUUGUUCAUAAUAAAUAUUUAUUUCUAAUGAAAGGGAAUUUAGUUAUAAUGUGCCUUGUUUGCUACAUUUUUGCUGUACAGUAGAAUUAGUUUUCAUUUUGUAUUUUUAGUCAUUUUUACUUUGAAAUUUCAUUGAG